GGCGGCGUUAUUUGUGAAAUUAUCAAGAGACAAGUCAAACGCGAGUCGCUGUGUGAAUAUCACACGUGUUCUUACAAAACUAUAAGUGAAGUUGCUGUUUUUGAGUGAAAAGUAAAACUACCAAGAUGCCGGAAGAGAUGCAGACACAGGGCGAGGUGGAAACCUUCGCCUUCCAGGCGGAAAUCGCCCAGCUCAUGUCACUGAUCAUCAACACAUUCUACUCGAACAAAGAGAUCUUCCUUCGGGAGGUGAUUUCAAACUCUUCAGACGCUUUGGACAAGAUCCGGUAUGAGUCACUCACUGAUCCUUCAAAGUUGGACAGCGGCAAGGAGCUGUACAUCAAGAUCGUGCCAAACAAGAGCGAGGGCACGCUGACGAUCAUCGACACCGGUAUCGGCAUGACAAAGGCCGAUCUCGUGAACAACUUGGGUACGAUCGCGAAGUCCGGCACAAAGGCUUUCAUGGAGGCGCUGCAGGCUGGCGCCGACAUCAGCAUGAUCGGUCAGUUCGGUGUGGGUUUCUACUCGUGCUACCUGGUCGCCGACCGCGUGACGGUCCACUCGAAGCACAAUGACGACGAGCAGUACAUGUGGGAGUCGGCCGCUGGAGGUUCCUUCACCAUCCGGCCCGACCACGGCGAGCCCCUCGGCCGCGGUACCAAGAUCGUUCUUCACAUCAAGGAGGACCUGUCGGAGUACUUGGAGGAGCACAAGAUCAAGGAGAUCGUGAAGAAGCACUCGCAGUUCAUCGGUUACCCCAUCAAGCUUGUGGUUGAAAAAGAGCGGGAAAAGGAGUUGUCUGAUGACGAGGCUGAAGAAGAGAAGAAAGAGGACGACAAGGAGGAUGACAAGCCCAAGAUUGAGGACGUAGGAGAGGACGACGAGGAGGACAAGAAAGACAAGAAAAAAAAGAAGACUAUCAAGGAGAAAUACACUGAAGAUGAGGAGCUGAACAAGACCAAGCCCAUCUGGACGAGGAAUGCCGAUGACAUCACCCAGGAGGAGUACGGCGACUUCUACAAGUCGCUGACCAACGACUGGGAGGACCAUUUGGCCGUCAAGCACUUCUCUGUUGAGGGUCAGCUUGAAUUCCGCGCGCUUUUGUUCGUGCCCCGCCGCGCGCCUUUCGACCUCUUCGAGAAUAAGAAGCGCAAGAACAACAUCAAACUGUACGUCCGCAGAGUCUUCAUCAUGGACAACUGCGAGGAUCUCAUCCCAGAGUACCUGAACUUCAUCAAGGGCGUGGUCGACAGCGAGGACCUGCCCCUCAACAUCUCCCGUGAGAUGCUCCAACAGAACAAGAUCCUCAAAGUAAUCAGGAAGAACCUUGUCAAGAAAUGCCUGGAACUGUUCGAGGAGUUGGCCGAGGACAAAGAAAACUACAAGAAGUACUACGAGCAGUUCAGCAAGAACCUGAAGUUGGGCAUCCACGAGGACUCCCAGAACAGGUCCAAGUUGGCAGACUUGCUCCGUUACCACACAUCAGCCUCUGGUGAUGAGGCGUGCUCCCUCAAAGAGUACGUGUCUCGCAUGAAGGAGAACCAGAAACACAUUUACUACAUCACCGGGGAGAACCGUGACCAGGUUGCCAACUCUUCAUUCGUUGAGCGAGUCAAGAAGCGUGGCUAUGAAGUGGUCUACAUGACCGAGCCCAUCGAUGAGUACGUAGUCCAGCAAAUGAGGGAGUACGAUGGCAAGACGCUGGUGUCCGUCACCAAGGAAGGCUUGGAGUUGCCUGAGGAUGAGGAGGAAAAAAAGAAGCGUGAGGAGGACAAAGUCAAGUUCGAGGGCCUGUGCAAGGUCAUGAAGAACAUCUUAGACAACAAAGUUGAGAAGGUUGUCGUCUCAAACCGUCUAGUCGAAUCUCCGUGCUGUAUCGUCACAGCCCAAUACGGUUGGUCAGCCAACAUGGAGCGUAUCAUGAAGGCCCAGGCUCUGCGUGACACGUCCACCAUGGGUUACAUGGCAGCCAAGAAGCACUUAGAAAUCAACCCCGACCACUCAAUUGUGGAGACGCUGAGGCAGAAGGCCGAGGCUGACAAGAACGACAAGGCUGUCAAGGAUCUCGUUAUCCUGCUGUACGAGACUGCCCUGCUGUCGUCUGGUUUCACCCUUGACGAGCCUCAGGUGCACGCUUCCCGCAUCUACAGGAUGAUCAAGCUGGGUCUUGGCAUCGAUGAGGACGAGCCCAUCCAGGUCGAGGAGUCCAGCGCUGGAGACGUGCCCCCUCUUGAAGGCGACGCCGACGACGCGUCGCGUAUGGAGGAGGUCGAUUAAAUCUUUUAUCCGCCUAUUUAAACCCAUGUGUAUGGUGAAUGUGUCGCAGAAACGUUUUGUGCGUACACUGGUGUACAGCCAAAGACUGAUUUAGUUCAAAUUCCAUUAUUAUUAUUAUUGAAAUAAAUGGUAACCUUAUCAAAUUA